GCAAACACAACUCCCUGCACAUCAAUUAAUCAACAUAGUGAUCGAACAAUGGAGAACUACAGCCACAAGAAAUUCACUGGAGCUCUGAAGCGGAAGCGCAGCCAGGAUGCGGAUUCCGAUGAUGAUGUGGUCUUCAUUAUGGAACAACCAGGACAAAGGACUCCGGAGCAGCCACAAGCCAAGCGUCGCUUUUUCCGUCCCUGGAUGAACGAGGAGUCCGAGGAGAAGGAGCAACCACAGCCUCCUCGAAAGAUUGUGGCCACUCCUCCCGCAGUUGAUGCCUCCUACCACGCCAACAUGGUGAGGAAUCACCCCAAGCGGAGGCAGCGCAGUCCCCAGGAGCAACUGCGUCGGGAUCGGAACACUUUGGCCAGCCUUCGCCAUCGGCGCUCGCAGCAGCAACAGCAGCAACUCAUCGAAAAGCAAUACCUGACCAGCAGGAUCCAGCACGAGGCCAAUCUGCAGCAGCAGAUCCGAUUGAGCCUCUACUACGUGCGCUUCCUGCAGCAAGCGAUGUCCUCCAUGGAGCCACUGCCUCCCACGCAACCGAGGCAGGUGUUCCCCGCCCACCAACCGACCACCACCCAGCAUCCUUGA